AUGUCUAACAUCACCAAAAGGGAAUUUGCUGAGCUUGCCGUUGAUGGCAGCAACUACUUGACUUGGGCCUUGGAUGUUGAAAUCUACCUGGAUUCUUGUGAUUUAGGUAGCACUAUCGUUCUAGCUUCCCAGAGCACCUCUGCCCAGAAGGCAAAGACAUUGAUUUUUCUUCGUCAUCAUCUCAACAAAGACCUGAAAAAUGAGUACCUUACUGAAAAAGAUCAUGAUUUUAAAUCUAUGACUGAAUACAAUUCAACUCUCCACCGCAUUGUCUCACAGCUGAAGCUCUGUAAGCAGAAUAUUACAGAGGAUGAAUUGAUUAAAAAGACCCUCUCUACAUUCCAUGCAAUUGCAGAGAAACACAACCAACUUAUGAUGCGCAACCAUAAUGCUAGACCAGUUGGUUCGCAAGCUCUGCCUGAAGCACAUGCAGCAAAUCAGAGUAAUACUCAUGGACGUGGUCACAGGUAUUAUCGUGGUGGUAGGGGUCGUGGUCGUCGCAAUGCUUAUGGUCUUCAGGACCGUGGCAAGGGUCAGAACAAGGAUAAAUCUCCUUCACACAAGCUUAGCUCUCAUCAACAGGUUGCAAAUAACAAGCAAGCUUUCUAUUGGUGUGGAUGUGAGGACCACUGGUCUCGCACAUGUCAUACACCAAAACAUUUGGUUGAGGCCUAUCAGAGAAUGUUGAAGGACUCAAAGGGGAAGGCAAAACAAGGUAAAAAACAUCAUGCCAGUUUGCCUGAAGCAAACAAGACCCUGAAAGAUGACAAUUAUGAUGAUAACAUGAAUAUGGACGAUGAUGACUUAUUGAAGAUGGAGCUUGAUGAUUUUGGUGACUAG